AUGGAGCCCGGCUCGGCCUCCCCAUUAACAGCUCGAGUGAAAUUUCCAUUCGAAGGAUCAAAUAAUGACGAACUAAGCUUCGAAAAAGACGACAUCAUCACAAUCACACAGCAACCAGACGGCGGAUGGUGGGAAGGAACUCUCGAAGGAGUUACCGGGUGGUUUCCCAAUGGAUAUGUGACUCUGAUCACUGAGAAAGAUAAGCUCCAGAGGUCGAGAUCAGUCCCAAACGCAACAGCCAAGGAAGUCGUUGCUAUCGGAGCGCAGCCUGACUAUCGUGUUGAUGUUUUGAAUUGUUUCAUCACCGCAGAGAAGGAGUACUUGCAGAGCUUGAAAAAGACACUGAAAACUAUUCUCAUUCCAAUCGGAGCAUCCAGAGUACUCACCGCUCCAGAAUACAGCAUUCUCGUUGGAAACUUUGAAGUGAUCUACACAUUGAAACGUGAAAUUUUAGAAAGCCUCGAACGUGAAAAAGAUGCGGAGCUUCCAAAGAUGCGAGUCGGUGGUAUUUUCAUGAACGCUGCCCUUGAGCUCCGUACGGCACUUCUGACUUACGCUGACAAUCAUCCGGAUGCUGUGGAAAUUUUGAAGAUUAAAAAGCAAGAACUCGAGAAAGUGGUGAAGGCGCAAGAUCAUGAGUACAAGGACUUGGUAUCGGGACUCAGUGAGCCAUUGCGACAUGUCGAUAAGUACUACAACUUACUUCAGGAGUUGGAGAGAAUCGUACCGGUCAACCAUCUGGAUCGUGGAGAUUUGCAACGCGGUUCCGCAGUUUUCCGUGAGACAAAAGAUCUGUGUGAAACCCUGCGAAAGCAAAAAGAAGCCCAACUCGACUUUCUCUUCGUAUCCAAGGUUGACAAAAUAGUCCCACCAGCCGAGAGAGGAACCAUUCUAUACGUGGGUGUCGCGAAUGUAGAGUACAAGGAAGAAGAACAAGUGGAUAGAUUCGUUGCUCUCUUCACAAAGUACAUCAUGUUCUUCGAAGUUACCAGGGAAAUGACCUAUGACAUCAAGGAAAAGUUUCCUGUCGCGGGAUUCAUUUGUAGAAAAAAGGACGCCACUGAAAUUGUCUUUGAUCGUCAAAACACCGGAGAGUUCACAUUGACCAUGGUUGCCACCGGCGGAGAAAUGGAGAGGUUCAUGGCGGCACUGGCAAAAGCUGACAAUGUGACAGUUAUUAGUGCUCCAACUACCAACAUCCUCCGCCGCCCUUCCAAAAACACAAUGGACUCCAUGAGCCAGUCACAGGGAGUUGAGAGUCCAUUAACAGCGAAGCCUCCACUGCAUCCGAUGGGAAAUUCUGAAACCAGUAUUUUGAAUAAGAGGAAGAGUUCGAAGAAUUUCGAUGAUGUGAUAAACUUGAGCGGCAUGAAAUUGGAUCAUGAACUUGGUAUGGUGCUCCCCGAAGGAUUCGAGCUACCAACCAGCAGUCGCAAUUCAAAAAACACCUCCGACAAUCUUCAAUUCUCCCAAUUUCCUGCCUACUUUUUGAGUGGGAACGCCGGAAAACGUAGCGAACGUGGCUUCCGCCUACGCAAAGAUGCAGCUCGUGACGAGGAGAUCGAGUUCGAUACACUCAGGAUUUUGGAAGGAUACUGUGUGGAGACCGGUGGUGGACAGUUAGAUUUCCAUGCAAAUGAGAAUUAUCAGCAACCACAUUUAAUUGUAGCGGAGGAUGAGAAAAUAUUGAUGGAGGAGAUGGUUGGCGAUGAAAUGGUUCUUCAGGAGAAGAGUAUUGUGGAUGCAGUCUACUCGCUCAAAGAUCAUGUUAUGGUUCUUCAAGCUGAUCUGAAAAGCUUACAAAAGGCUUUCGAGACGGAACAAAAAGCGCGCCGACGCCUCGAACACAUGCUGCCGAAAAUGUCCGGGAUUAUUUCGCCGGAUGGAAGUGCAAGCACUCCAAGAAAAGAAAUCAACUCUUUUGAUUCCUAG